AUAUACAGAAAUGCUACUCAAAAAUGGACGGACUUACCUAAUGUACGAUCAUUACACAUACACUUUUGGUUUUAAGACGAAUGCUGGCACUAGAUGGCGUUGUACGAGUACUUCUGAAUGCAAAGCCUAUAUCCUGGUUGGGCAUAGUGGAGAUCUUUUAAAGGCCACAGGAACCCAUGCCCAUAAGGCCCCAAAAUACCAUCGCAGUGCCGAUGGGACUUACAUGAGAAUUCACUAAAAUAAAGAUUCAGAGCCUGAAGGCCCGUGUACCAGAUCUUCACGUGCCAAUAAAAAAUUAAAACCGUACUCACCUGAAGAUGUGGAAAACGCGAUCGAGAAGAUUCUAUCUCAAGCGUUAACCAUUAAAGCAGCUUCACAGACAUAUAAGGUGCCUGUCACCACUUUGAAAUUCAAACUCAGGGCCUUAAGACCAAAAAGAAAGACGCCUCUUCUAAAAAUGGCGGUAACGAAUGAAGAGGACUUUACUUUCAAAAAACACUUAUUACAAGUGCAUGAAAUGGGGAUCCCCGUCACUUUCCAUGACAUCAUAGCAGUUGUGAAAGCCUACCUCACGGAGGCAGACAAAGGGAUCACUUGUUAUCGCAGCAACACUCCUGGAUCAUUUUGGUGCAAACAAUUCAUGCAAAGAUAUCCAGAAGUCAAAGAAAUCAUUACAUCCAAUCAACAUAACACGAAGGGAAGAAUAGUUCCCAACACUCCAAGAACUAUAAACAACUUUUUCAAUCGCUUUGAAGAUGAACUCUACUCCAAUUAUGUAACUCCAGACAACAUCUACACCAUGGAUGAAUGUGGAUUCGGAGUUGAUCCAAAGAAAAAGAGUCUUUUAUUUAGACGAUCCUCUCGUCACCCAGGUCUGGAUAAGCUCUGUGGAACAUCAAACUACUCGGUUGUAUUUUGUGGCAACGCCAUUGGAGAGCUCAUCGAUCCAUUCUUUAUUUUCAAAGAAAGCGUACCCACGCCCAGUGAACAUCCUCACUAUUCUUCAUCAACCAGUGGCUGGAUAGACACCAGUGUAUUUGACGACUGGUUAGAAAAGCAUUUUGUGCCAACAAUUGACGAAAAACAUGGAAAAAAAAUUGUCAUUUGUGAUAAUCUGAGCGCGCAUGUCAGCGUGAAAGCGCUUCAAAUAUGUGCCGAGAACAAUAUCACUCUCAUUUGUCCUCUAGCCAAUUCGAGUCAUCUGCAUCCAUUUGAUUUUGAGUUUUAUGAAACCAUGCAAACAGCUUGGCGUGCUGUGUUGCAUAGAUGGCGUGGAACACCAACGGGUCAGCUUACUCGCUGGCAGAAGAAAUCUCUAGCCAGUGCUGUAAAUCUAGGAAUACCCAAAGAUGUUUUCUGCAAACUUGUUAAUCGAGCUAUUGAAAAUAAUGAGUCAAGCUCAGAAAAUAUAGUGAAUGGCUUUGCCAAGUGCGGCAUCUACCCUCUGUCGCGAGAGGUUGUACUGGAGAGUCUGCUGCAAGAAAAAGGAGUCACAAUAGUUCGUUAAACGGAAAAAAUCACAUCUCUAACGUAUUAAUCGAUAACCUUAGUCAGUACAUACACGAAAUAUUUAUUUUAUUAUUUUCUCAUUCGCAUAAUGAUAUCAGAUUUAGUUGUUUUAAUGUGGCAUUGCUUUAUACAAAGAAUAUGUACUAGUCAUGCAUUAUAUGCAACGCUUAUAUAGUAAGCAGAUAUGAUCAUGGUUAUAGUGAAAACAAUAGUGAUGAUGAAGGGAUGAUUAAAAAUAAGAGUUGGCGAGUAUACCUAUUUAAGAUUAAGUAUUUAUCCUUGACUUGAGAGCAAAGGAAUGGAACCACUAGCAUUUUUUUUCAUUUCUUGGUAAAUAUU